GGAGAGGCGGUGGGAUGGAGUUGUGGCGUCAGUGUGCGCUCUGGUUGUGUGAGUGCGGGGUUUUACCGGCUGGGCACCGGUUGAGCGGCCCCGGGACGCGCCUGUCGGAGUUGGCUCAGUCACUACGGGACGGGGUGAUGUUGUGCCGGCUGCUCUGGGCGUUGAGGCCGGGAUGUAUCUCCGUCAACCUCGUCAGCCAGCGGCCGCGCAUGUCUCAGUUCCUGUGCUUGAAGAACAUUCGGACUUUCUUGUCGAGCUGCUGUGACACGUUUGGGAUGAGGAGGAGUGACCUCUUUGAUGCUUUUGAUCUGUUUGACGUCCGUGACUUUGCAAAGGUGAUUGACACCCUGUCCCGACUCUCACACACAGCCAUCGCCCUCAGCACCGGGGUCAGACCGUUCCCCACGGAGGCGGCCGAGGCGGAUGAAGAUAUUUACCGGAGUCUCGCCGACCUCAUCGAUGAGGAGAGCCUUGAGGAAGAGGAUGAUCUCUACGAUUGUGUCUAUGGUGAUGAUGACAGCGGGGAGAUCUAUGAGGAUUUGAUGAAGAUUGAAGCACUGCCACCCACCGUCACCACCCAGGUGGAGAGUGAUGUGCGGAGCUGUUGUCUGCUGGAGAUCACACAAACGGAGGACAAGUACACAGAGACGCUGGAGUCCAUCGAGAAGUUUUUCAUUGGCCCAUUGAGACAAUUUUUGACACCAGCCGACAUGGACACCAUCAUCAACGUGGAGGCGCUGGCCAGUGUUCACAGGGAGUUGAACGUGGAAUUGAAGUCUGUCGUUCUGUCCAAGAAUCACCAGAACCUCUACCAGGUUUUCCUCAAGUACAAGGCCAGGUUGCUUGUGUAUGGUGAGUACUGCAGUAAAGUGGAGGAAGCGAUCAAGUGUUUGGAUGAGAUGAGUAAAUCGAGACCAGAUCUACGCCGGAAGUUUGAGGAAUGUGCACGACGUGCCAACAACGGCAAGUUCACGCUGAGGGACCUAUUGGUGGUGCCCAUGCAGAGGGUACUGAAGUAUCACCUAUUGCUACAGGAGCUGACGAAGCAGACGGCUGACUGGCAGGAGAAAACCAAUCUCCGCCUGGCACUGGACGCGAUGAAGGACUUGGCCCAAUACGUGAAUGAGGUGAAGCGUGAUAGCGAGACGUUGCGAGAGAUCGCUCAGUUCCAGCACUGCAUCGACAACAUGAACCAGUCGCUGGACAUCUAUGGGCGGCCAAAGGUGGAUGGAGAGUUGCGUAUUCUCACGCUCGACAAACGCGGGCGACAGGAUCGUUACGUUUUCCUGUUCGAUAAAGCGGUCAUUGUGUGCAAGAGACGAGGUGACAACUAUGAGAUGAAGGAGAUUAUCGACCUGAAUAGUUACAAGAUCACCAACAAUCCGACCACAGACAAAGAAAACAAGAAGUGGUCCCAUGGAUUCUAUCUCACACAUCUCCAUGGACACAACGGAUUUGAGUUCUUCUGUAAGACCAAGGAACUGAAGAAGAAAUGGCUGGAGCAGUUUGCCAUGGCUCUAUCCAACAUUCGACCAGACCACAGCACCAGCAAUGAGCACAGUUUCACCAUGCACACCUUCGCCCAGGUCACUGUCUGUAAUGCCUGCAACAUGCUGCUUCGGGGCAUAUUUUACCAGGGAUACCUGUGCUCAAGGUGUGGAACCGGAGCCCACAAAGAGUGCUUGGCAAGAGUUGCAGUCUGUGGAAACAUUGCAGCAGAUCCCAGGAGAGACAGACAGGCGAACGGCUUCAACGGAGACGAGAGGCAGAGUUGUUCAUUGGAUCCAGGACCGCCGCGAAUGCAGGUGACGCAGAGUUACCGAGGAUCACCGCAGCCUCCGGGAUCGAGGCCGGCUCUACCCAUGCAGCCGGGCGAUGUCAUCGAGGUGUAUGCGGCCGAAGCCCACACCACCUGGUGGCAGGGUCGAAACCUAACUACGAGAGAGGUGGGCUUCUUUCCCCGAGACUGCGUGCAUCCCCUGCCCUGUGUUCCAAAGGGGGUGGAUUACUCGGAAUUCACGUGGUUUGCUGGAGCAAUUGACCGGCUGCAGGCAGAGGCAAUAUUGAUCGACCGUGGGAACAGCACUUUCCUUGUUCGACAGAGGCCAAAGGAGUUGGAAGAAUUUGCCAUCAGCAUCAACUACAACCGUGAAGUUAAACACAUAAAGAUUAUUUCCAGAGAUUCAUCCUUCUCCAUUGCACAGAACAAGCGGUUUCGGACAUUAAAGGAGCUGGUGGAAUAUUAUGGCUGCCACUCCCUGAAGGAAGGUUUCCGCUGUCUCGACACCAUCUUACAGACUCCCUACAAGGUUCCAGAGUCUGCCCUCCGUAACAGGACAGUCCAGGCUGCAGGCUCAGUGCCGAGACUCCGGGAGCUGGGAGUUGCCGUGGCUCAGUACGACUUCUCCGCCCGUGACAUGCGGGAGCUGUCACUCAAGACAGGAGAUGUGGUGAUGAUUCACAGCAAGACCGGGACGGACGGCUGGUGGCGCGGGUCUGUCAACGGGAGGGUGGGUUGGUUUCCCUGUACGUAUGUGGAGGAGGAUUGCUUCAACUGAGUCGGGGCUGUCGGCAGAAGGACAGGAGAUGCGGUGUAAAGAUGUAAAGAGUCUUUCUGGUGCGGAUGGCCUGAGCCCAUGGAUCACCGUGCCACGGGGGGGUCUGGGUGUCACUGCAGGGACGGGUCGGGACGGGAGACCCAGAUGUGUGACGACUCUCUCCAUUAGUGAGCGAGACUCUGGCACAUUGAUGCUGCCCUUGUUAUUCUGGGCUGUGAGGGGGGAGCGGUGUGGGAAGGGCGGGGGUGAGGUAGCAACGCGCCGGGGGGAGGGGCCUGUCCCACUGGCCGUCAGUUCCGCGACAGGCCGUUGGCGCGCGAAGAUUUCGAUCACUACAAAAAUUCGGAGCCCCGCGCGAUGUCGCGCUCAACUACAUACAUCUCGCCGCUUGUCAGUGGGACCGGCCCCGCGCGGCCAUACGAUGCCCGUACGCCUCAACGCGACCACGUAAUUUGCGUGCCAAGGACACGUAUAUGGGGCAGGUCCUUUAAAGUUGAGAGACGUUAACAGCAGGAAGGCCACGUAUUUACAUUUAGAGUUACUCAGGAUGUACAUUGUCUAUGUAUUCAGUUUAAAUAAACCUUUUUAUUCAAA